AUGCUGGACCCAACCCACGGUCUGUUCAAAUUCCCCUCGAAAGAGGAGCGAAGGAUCGCCCGAAAUGGCGCUCCGCUCAACCCGAUCAAGCUCGCCAUGACGCUCACUCCGAUGCAGGGUGCCAUGUUCUUUUCCGGUUGGUUCGCCUGGAUGAUAGACGCCUGGGACUUUUUCGCUGUCUCGCUCUCGGUCACGGCGCUUUCAGUUCAGUUUCAAAGGCCCACCCACGACAUCACCACCGCCAUCACCCUCACCCUCCUCUUCCGUUCAGUCGGCGCUGCCGUGUUCGGUAUUCUUUCUGAUCGAUACGGUCGUAGGUAUCCCUUGGUCGCCAACUUGCUCCUCAUCGCUGCCUUUUCGCUCGGAACGGGCUUUGUUCAGACCUACCCACAGUUCCUUGUGCUUCGUUCCAUCUUUGGCUGCCUCAUGGGCGGCAUUUGGUCGCAGGCAACCGCGGUGGCGCUCGAGAACAUGCCCGUCGCACCACGAGGCCUCUUCUCGGGCAUUCUGCAGCAAGGCUACGCGGUCGGUUACCUUCUUGCCGCCUCGGUGAAUUUGUCUUGGGUGCAGAGGACGAACAACUGGCGCAUCCUCUUUUUCCUCAGCUCUGGCCUCUCGGCUCUCGCCGCUCUCGUCCGUCUGGUGCUGCCCGAGUCGGAGCUCUUUCUUCGUCAAAAGGCGCAGCGAGAUGCUAAUGGUGCCGUGGGCGAGAGCAAAGCCAAGUUGUUCAUGGCUGAACUAAAGGAGAUGCUCAAGACGCACUGGCUGCGAUGCGUCUACGGUGUCCUGCUCAUGACUGGCUUCAACUUUCUCUCGCACUCGAGUCAGGAUCUGUAUCCUACCAUGCUGCAAAAGUCCAAGCUGCUCACUGAAGGACAGGCGUCGCGCGCCACGAUUAUUUCCAACUGCGGAGCGAUCAGCGGUGGUAUGGUAGCAGGCUACCUGUCGCAGUAUCUUGGACGUAGGAUGACGAUUAUCGUAUUUGUGCUUAUCACGGGAGCCUUGAUUCCGGCGUGGAUCUUGCCGAACAGCUUUAGUGCACUUGCGGCGGGCGCAUUCUUUUUGCAGUUUGGUGUGCAGGGCGCGUGGGGUGUAGUGCCUAUCUACCUCUCCGAGAUCUCGCCGCCUGCGUUCCGGGCUACGUAUGGUGGUCUGGCGUAUCAGCUGGGUAAUGCGGCUUCGUCGGCGUCGUCGCAGAUCGAGGCGGUGGGAGGAGACAACCUCAAGGACCGCAAUCCAAAGUGGUACGCAGGGGCGCCCGCUGGUGUUGACGAGUUCAUCCCGGCGUACGCACGCGUCUCGGCGAUCCUGCUUGGGUCCGUGUGCGCCUACCUGCUGGUGGUAGUCACUUUUGGCUGGGAGUUCCGAGGCGCUGAAUUCGAAUCUGAACUGCCAGCCGCGCUUCACUGUUCCACGGAACAAGACUCGUCUCAGCUGGAAAAACAGCCAAUCCAUUUCACGCAAGACGCAGACGACGAGCACAGCCUGGAACCCGUGCACGAGCGUCAUGACAAGGCAUCGAUCGACAAAUCCAAGCUUUGA